CAAAAGUUCCUGCACCGGUGCGUGAUGACAGCGCCCAGCACCGGCAGGCUCCAUCGAAGUUAGACCCACCGAGGUGGCGUCGGACGGCGGGGGCGACAGCCCUUUGGUUGCCCCCAGUGACAAUGGCGGUGUUUCACGACGAGGUGGAGAUCGAGGACUUUCAGUAUGACGAGGACUCGGAGACUUAUUUCUACCCCUGCCCGUGUGGGGAUAACUUCGCCAUCACCAAGGAAGAUUUGGAGAAUGGAGAAGACGUGGCAACGUGUCCUAGCUGCUCUCUCAUUAUAAAAGUGAUUUAUGACAAAGAUCAAUUUAUGUGUGGAGAAACAAUACCAGCACCUUCCACCAACAAGGAAUUAGUUAAAUGCUGAAGAAGGCUUUAAGAAUCCAAAUCUGGAACAGUUGAGAAUGAGCCAAGAUGGAAAAAUCAAAUGCAAAGUUAUAGACCUCUUCACAAGGACAACCUUCUUGUGGUUUUUUGCUCUGUUACAGAGUAUGGAUUCUUUCCAACAACUGCGACGUUCACCUUCAAUUAAGAAGCAAUCCACAACAUGACAUACCUGGAUUUCACACAUAAAACUUUGAAUUGCAAGUGUUCUUAAUUUUCCAUCUAAAUUUUUUAAAAGAUAGUUUCAAAUCAGUGCAUUUUUUCCCUCAGUUACAUUAUUUUCGUAUCUUAAAUCUAACUACGUCAGUAUCUGAUGACAGAAUCAUCUACCUCAAAGUUAUUAGUGUUCCUUUACAAAAAUGGGAUUGUAUUUUUUACUUGGUUGUUAAGAUUAAUACUAGCCCUUCCUUUGAAAUUUGACAUAAAUUUUGCUAAGAAAAUUUGCUAGCUAAAAUUUGCUAAUCUCCUCAGUCUUGUCAUUGUUAGGAUGUUCAUAUUCUGUUAAGCAUGCCUUUUCUGUUACGUUUCAUGCAUAGAGUGCUGGUUAUGGUGUUAAAGAGAAAAUACAGUGAGGUCAUAAUUUCUCCAGAGCUAAAAGUUAGUGAAUAAGAAAGAAAAGUAAAAAGUGAAAUGGUAAAUGGUCAAAGAAUAGCGAGUUUCCUUUUCAGUAUUCUGUAUGUUCCUGGAGAAUCAGGAUAAGAUAAAAAGACAAGCAGCCAAGAGAAGCAAAAUUGGUAACAGAAUGAGAGGAGCCAAACAUGUCAACUUAGCAAAUGAGAUGCUUAAAUGAUUUUGCAAGAUCAAAGCAAAUAACAUUUCUAUAUCCGGGUUUUGUUUGUUUCCUUUUAGAAAAGGCUAAUGAAAUCAUACUCCAGAUGGGGGUUAAUGUCCAGUCUUGAUGGCUGGAGGCAAUGCUUUCAGCAUGAUUACCAUAUCAUGCCACUACUCUUAAAAGAUGAAGCCUCUACAGUGGCUUCUGUUUGCUGAAGGUGAGCUUGAAAACUGGAGGUCUUUUCUGAAUAAAUAUGCCCAUGGGGACACAUCUAAUGUGCCAUCACCUGCAACCAAACCAGAUAUGCACUGUUUCUGAGAUGUUUGCCCUGGAGAAAAAUAAAUAUAUAAAGAUAGACCUUUAGUUUUCCUUUGCUGCAGUUCUGAGAAGUAGCACAAAAUUAGAAUCACUUAUAUGGAAAUUCAGAAUUUUCCUUUAUAUAUGCAACUUUCCUGCAUAUAUAUAAAGUUGAAAAAUUGAACUGAUAUCUAGCAGGUUGUUUGGGAAAUUGCUCCUAAAAGAAAACUGACUUGCUAGAAUUUAAAUAUUCUGUUACUGAUUGAUAAAAUGUGCUACACACACUUGCUGGGGGUUUAAAUUAAAACAAUUGUAUAGCCUUUUGCCUGCUUGCAGUGUGGCUACGUGUAGCCAUUAGGCUGAGACUUAAUAAAUCACCAGGGUAUGUCAUGUGAAGCAUUACAUGGCAUAUUCUUGAUGUGCUAAGAAAUCUCAUUGCCAUGUGGGAUACUGACACCCCUGAAGUAAACCACAACUGCUUUGCAAAAGUUCGUCUCAGAAGCAGUGACUGUUCAAAUGAACAGAGCAGGAUUCGUGAUAACUCUGACUAAAAUGAGCUGCCCUAAACUCAAAUGUUGAUGGUUUUAUAGAUAUUGAUACCAUGUUAACUACCUCUGCUAAUGUUGAAUCUCAAACAAUAACAGACACCCUUGACAUAGGUCUGUUAUGAGCACAGAGGAAUGGGAAGAAAAGUUGCCAAAGCUGAAACAUCCCAGGAGAAAAGAAACAUAAACAGCCCUGGCAAUCAGUGAUCCAUGAUAUUGCAAUAGUCAGAAUGACUAAAUAUGUUUGUGAACUACAAAAGAACCGUCAGAAUUCAGUCCAAUGUUAAACAAAGAAAAACCAGAGGCGUUUUAGAUACGACUAGAGUUCUAUGUGAUAAAUGUGCCUUAUUUGGCCCAACAGACAUUUCUGGAGCCUUUCUAAGAAUCAAUUUGUAGUCCAGGCUUUCCCUCUCAUUAGCUUUUGUAAUCCUUGACAAUGCCUGUGGAUCCCUUAUCUGUACAGUUAGGUGAUUGGAUCAGAUGGUUUCUGAACCAUCAGUUCUACAGUGUCAGGUUUAGUGGCUUGCAGGAACUGAAAUGGCAUUUGAAACCUUUAUAAACUCAACUAUCUAAAUCAUGAAUUACAGAGAAAGAGACUCUAUUCUUCAAAAAGUUGAUGUUACCACACUUUUGAAUUUGAAAAUUAUGAAGACAGCUGUUUAAGUGGUUCUACAUACACUCCAGAAAGAAACAUUUUCUUUGGAAAGCACCAUUUUCUUUGGAAAGCACCCAACAUUUUUUGAUAACUGUAUAUAUUAAUUUAUUACCAGGAUAAA